CCAUCUCGUGACGUACUAGGGUGUCACCCUGUUCUGCUUCCUGUUUGGGUUGCUGGCUGCAAUGAAAAAUUUGGACCUCAAAGGGACCCGUUUAUAUUGAUCAUAAUCGUAUAGUUCAAUAAUUUCUUUGCAGGGUGAUAAAUUAGUCACACUUACAAUGUCCGAACCGGGAAAUCGACUUCGCAGGCUGCUGGAGUCGCCCAAUUUCGACCCGCAAAAUUACGUGAAGCAGCUGUCGCAGCAAUCGGAUGGCGAUCGAGACCUUCAGGAACACCGGCAGAAGAUCCAAAACCUGGCCGACGAGACGGCCCAGAACCUGAAGAAGAACGUGUACAAGAACUACCGACAGUUCAUUGAGACGGCCAAGGAGAUCUCGUACCUGGAGAGCGAGAUGUAUCAGCUGAGCCACAUCCUUACGGAGCAGAAGAGCAUCAUGGAGAGCAUCACGCAGGCCCUGUUGUCCGCCGACAAGGACGAGACCUCCAAGGAGAUGCAGGCCGCCUUCCCCAAAGAGAGUGAGGAGGUGAAGCAGAGGAGCCUCACCUCGCUUCUUGAGAAGGUGGAGGGUGGCAAGACUAUUAUGGACACCCCCGGGAGGCACCUGGUGUACAAUGGCGACUUAGUGGAAUUUGACGUGGACAACAUGUGCCCCGUCCAGAAGGUGCACGCGUUCCUCAUGAACGACUGCCUGCUGAUCGCCACCUGGCUGGCCAACCGCCGCGGGGCCGUCAAGUACAAGUACAACGCCUUGUACGACCUGGAGAGCUUCGCCGUGGUCAACGUCAAGGACAACCCGCCCAUGAAGGACAUGUUCAAGAUCCUCAUGUUCCCAGACAGCCGCAUCUUCCAGGCGGAGAACAGCAAGAUAAAAAAGGAGUGGCUGGAGAUCCUGGACGAAACCAAGAAGAACAAAGCCAACAAGGAGCGCGGCAAGGAGGAGGAGAAGAAGCCAAUGUCCCCCGUUCGGACCGAAGUGUCCACCAAUCCUUUUGACCAGGACGAUGACGACGAGCAGACUGAGGUGGAGGAGAGCGUGGAUCUGGGUCUGGAGUGGAUCCAGGAGCUGCCCGAGGAUCUGGACGUGUGCAUCGCUCAGAGGGACUUUGAGGGUGCCGUCGACCUGCUGGACAAACUUAGCGAGUACCUGAAGGAGCAGCCGCUCACGCCCAAAGUCAAGGAGCUGCGGGCCAAGGUGGACGAGCGGGUGAGGCAGCUGACCGACGUCCUCGUCUUCGAGCUGUCCCCGGACCGCUCGCUGCGCGGCGGACCUCAGGCCACCAGGAGGGCCGUGUCGCAGCUCAUCAGGCUAGGGCAGUCCACCAAGGCGUGCGAGCUGUUCCUGAAGAACCGCGCGGCGGCCGUGCAAACGGCCAUCCGGCAGCUACGCAUUGAGGGCGCCACGCUGCUCUACAUCCACAAGCUCUGCAACAUCUUCUUCACCGGCCUGCUGGAGACGGCCAAGGAGUUCCAGAUGGACUUUGCCGGCAACACGGGCUGCUACUCGGCGUUCGUGGUGUGGUCCCGCUCGGCCAUGAGGAUGUUUGUGGACGCCUUCAGCAAACAGGUCUUCGACAGCAAGGAGAGCUUGUCGACGGCGUCCGAGUGCGUGAAGGUGGCCAAGGAGCACUGCCUCCAGCUGACAGACAUCGGGCUGGACCUGACCUUCACGCUGGAGUCCCUGCUGGUAAAGGACGUGAAGGCGGCCCUGCUCAGCUACAAGGACGUCAUCGUGGAGGCCAGCAAGCAUCGCAACUCGGAGGAGAUGUGGAGGCGGAUGAACCUCAUGACGCCUGAGGCUCUUACCAAGCUCAAGGAGGAGAUGCGCGCCAGCGGCAUGUCGACGUUCGACGCCUACACGGGAGCCGACUGCUGGGUGAACCUGAGCUACACGCUGGUGGCCUUCACCAAGCAGCUGCUGAGCUUCCUGGAGGAAGCCUUGAAGCUCUACUUCCCCGAGCUGCACACGGUGCUGCUGGAGAGCCUGCGUGAGAUCGUGCUGGUGGCCGUGCAGCACGUGGACUACAGCCUACGCUGCGAGCAGGACGCCGACAAGAAGGCCUUCGUGGUGCUCAACGCCGCCUUCCUGCACGACUGCGUGCUGCCCGAGGUGGAGCGCCGCUUCGAGGAGGCCGUGGGGAAGCCCGCCAAGCAGCUACGGGACCUCCGCAAGAGCACCCGGUCCGUCAGGAUCAACCCCGAGAGCACCAUCUCCUUAGUCUGACCUCCUCGGUGCUCACAUUUUCACCCAAGGACUUGAAGUAACUUAUAGUGUAUGUUACUUGGCCACCAGGGGGCAGUGUAACAAAAUCAUGGCGGCACAAACUAAGACGUUUCAUAGCAACAUGUUAAUAUUGGAAUGAAGACAAGGAGGAAGUCAUGAAUGUUACAGAUGGAUACAAAAAGGGAUAUUAAAAUUUAUAAAUGCAUAUUUCAGUGUAAAUGUUGAUUGCUAUACUCGUUUUUAACCACAUUAAAAUAUUAAUAGUUA